CCGCCGCGCACCCCGCUGCAUCGCCCGAGAACCGUCACGAUGCUGCCGCCGGUGCCCUCGGCUCUCGGGCUGCUGCUGCUGCUGCUGCUGUGUCCGGCGCACGUCGGCGGACUGUGGUGGGCCGUGGGCAGCCCCUUGGUCAUGGACCCUACCAGCAUCUGCAGGAAGGCCCGGCGCUUGGCGGGGAGGCAGGCCGAGUUGUGCCAGGCAGAGCCAGAAGUGGUGGCCGAGCUGGCACGGGGCGCACGGCUCGGGGUUCGAGAAUGCCAGUUCCAGUUUCGUUUCCGCCGCUGGAACUGUUCCAGCCACAGCAAGGCCUUUGGGCGCAUCUUGCAGCAGGACAUUCGGGAGACAGCUUUCGUGUUUGCCAUCACCGCGGCCGGUGCCAGCCACGCGGUCACGCAGGCCUGCUCCAUGGGCGAGCUGCUGCAGUGCGGUUGCCAGGCCCCCCGCGGACGGGCUCCACCUCGGCCCUCCUCUGGCCAGUCGGGCACCCCCGGGCCCCCAGGCCUAGUGGGCUCUCCAUCUGCUGAUGCCAGCGCGCCCUGGGAGUGGGGAGGCUGCGGUGACGACGUGGAUUUCGGGGAUGAGAAGUCGAGGCUCUUCAUGGACGCGCAGCACAAGCGAGGGCGCGGGGACAUCCGCGCUCUGGUGCAAUUGCACAACAAUGAGGCCGGCAGGCUGGCAGUGCGGAGCCACACGCGCACCGAGUGCAAGUGCCACGGGCUGUCGGGUUCGUGCGCGCUGCGCACCUGCUGGCAGAAGCUCCCUCCAUUCCGCGAAGUGGGCGCCCGGUUGCUAGAGCGCUUCCACGGUGCCUCGCGCGUCAUGGGCACCAACGAUGGCAAAGCCCUCCUGCCUGCUGUCCGCACCCUCAAGCCGCCUGGCCGCGCCGACCUCAUCUACGCCGCCGACUCGCCCGAUUUCUGCGCCCCUAACCGGCGCACGGGCUCGCCCGGCACGCGUGGCCGCGCCUGCAACAGCAGUGCCCCGGACCUCAGCGGCUGCGACCUGCUGUGCUGCGGACGCGGACACCGCCAGGAGAGCGUGCAGCUCGAGGAAAACUGCCUGUGCCGUUUCCACUGGUGCUGCGUGGUGCAGUGUCACCGCUGUCGCGUGCGCAAGGAGCUCAGCCUGUGCCUCUAACCCACCACUUGCCUCUGCAAACUGGACACAGCCGCCCCUGGACACCGCGAGACCUAUGGGUUCCAGCAGGGGGCGCUGCAUGGGCCCAGUUGCUCCCUGCAAAAAGUCUAUCUCUCAGGUCUCGGAAAACUGGGGGGCGGGGGGGGGGGUAAGGGGUCCUCCAGGAGUUUCUGUGUGAUACAAAGCAGGCCCUUCCUCUCUCCUUGCGCCUUCCCCCCACCCCCAGGAGAAAACCAAAAAGCCAGUCUAUAGCCUCUGGAGACCAGACUCAGAACUGCUGGCUAUGGGAUGGGUGGGUGAGUUUAGUAUCAAUAAAGAUAUUUAAAGCAAUA